UGAGAGAGGAGGAGGAGGAGCAGUGGGCGCCGGGCCCCUUGGAGCCCCCUGGUAGUGCGAGGGUAGACUGGUCAUCAGCGGUCUGUUCUCACGUGGGCGCGUCUCUCUCUGGCAGGCCAUGGUGGCGUGUUACCCAGGCGACGGGACCGGGUACGUCUGCCACGUGGACAACCACGGGGACGGCCGCUGCAUCACCUGCAUCUACUACCUCAACAAGGACUGGGACGUCCAGCAGCAGGGUGGCCUGCUCCAGAUCUACCCUGAGGGCCACAACGUGGUGGCCAACAUCGAGCCGCUGUUCGACCGGCUGCUCAUCUUCUGGUCCGACCGCCGGAACCCCCACGAGGUCAAGCCCGCCUACGCCACUCGCUACGCCAUCACGGUGUGGUACUUCGACGCCAAGGAGAGAACGGAGGCCAAGGAGAAGCAUCGGCUCGCGACCGGACAGAAGGGCCUGCAGGUGCCCGUCACUCAAAACAGGACAUGAGCUCGACCAAUGGCCAGCCUCCUUGUGCCUCCAGGUCUGCUGGGAACCCGCCCACAAUCACGUUAAACUGUGCAAGCCCCUCCCCUCAGCCAUCCGUCCAUCACCCAGAACAAGCUGUGACAGCCCGUUUCCAAGCGCCUGAUUGGUCUUGCACAAAUGGAGGAGGGUCCUCUAGGACCCCUCAGAGUGACCGUCUAUAGAGAGAAGAACUGAACAACCAGGAGGAGGUCCUGCAGUGUUUACAGGCGGACGGAUCCAGCUCCGUACCUUCCCUCCCUCGUCGCCGUCUCCAUCCCGUGGGCUCGCUCUCCUCUCGCUCUCCUCUCGCUCUCCGCUCCUCUCGCUCUUCGCUCGAUCUCCUCUCGCUCUCCUCUCGCUCUCCUCUCGCUCUCCUCUCGCCAGGGAACCCUUUGAGCGGCAGUGGGUCUAACAGACCGUGAGGCAGAGGCGUCAGAACUCUGACAGUUUCAUCUCUGGGCUGAGUUAUUAGAUUAUGAUCAACUGUGUGUGUGUGUGUGUGUGUGUGUGUGUGUGUGUGUGUGUGUGUGUGUGUGUGUGUGUGUGUGUGUGUGUGUGUGUGUGUGUGUGUGUGUGUGUGUGUGUGUGUGUGUGUGUGUGUGUGUGGGGGGGUGUGGGGGGGUGUGGGGGGGUGAUUCAUGACCUCGGAUUCACAGCACUUGAAGCACACAGAGACACAGAGAGACCUGCACUGGAUGUGAGCCGCAGUGCAAAACUACAACUACUGCGUUGCGUUUGAUUUGGUGUGUGUGAAGAAGACUAUUGUGAAAAGAAAGCACUUUAUUGUUUGACCUUUGUUAUGAAUGAAAAAAAUGAAACUCGAAUCGAAUGCAUUCAAUAUGUGGCUUCUAUGAUUCAGAUGCAAUAGAAACGUGACAAUAAAGAGAUAGUUUGCUUAAUUUUUCAGGAUUUUGCAGUAUUUUAUUAAACAUGUUUGUUGUG